AUGAAGGACAAUGGACAAUCUAUCGCGUCCGAAAUGGUUUUGGCGAAACCAAAAGACAUAUCUGAAGCCGAUUUUGCAAACUACUUUUGCACGUACGGGUAUUUAUACCAUCAAAAAGAUAUGCUCGAAGACCAGGACCGCAUGACGGCUUACUAUAACGCCGUGAAGAUGAAUCCGUCGCAGUUUGAAGAUAAAGUUGUUCUCGACGUCGGCACUGGCUCUGGUAUCUUAGCCAUUUGGGCCGCGCAAGCGGGUGCGAAACACGUGUACGCGGUAGAAGCGACAUUCAUGGCAACGCACGCGAGAAAACUUAUCGAAGCGAACGGAUUGAAGGACAAAAUAACGGUGAUACAAGCGUCCAUCGAAGACGCGGAACUUCCGGAAAAGGUUGAUGUAAUCAUAUCUGAGUGGAUGGGUUAUUUUCUUUUGCGUGAAUCCAUGUUUGAUUCUGUUAUCGUUGCUAGAGAUAAAUGGAUGAAACCAGGAGGGGCUAUGUAUCCAUCGCACGCUACGAUGUCGCUGUCGCUCAUAAAAACGCACCAAGCGCUAAAAAAGGUGCAAGAUAUGCAGGAGUCCUUACAAGUGUGGGAUGGAUUCAUUGAAACGACGAAGGAAAACUACGGAGUGGAUAUGUCUGCACUCACUUCCGAAUACGAAGCCGAACAAGAAGACUUCUUCAUGAACACGUCUCAAUGGGUGGACAUCCAUCCUUCGCAAGAGUUGUGCGCGCCGUUCGUCUUGAAAGAGUUUGAUUUAAACACGGCAACUUUAGAGGAUAUCGAGAAGAUAUCGUGCGAAUUCAAAUUGAAAAUGUUAGGUGGGGCUAUGCAGCAACAAGGUGCCGGCGCAUUUGCUGGAUGGUUUGACGUAAAGUUCGCAGGUUCCAAGGAAAAUCCAGCCGAAAAUGUCGUUCCAUUGACAACGGCGCCAAACGCUAAUGGGGCCACGCACUGGGGUCAGCAAGCGUUUUACGUGCAUCCAGAAAUUUCAACCAGUAACGGAAACAUCGUGCGCGGCACUUUACAAAUGGUUCGAAAGAAAACGAACAAGCGAUUAAUGGAAGUAAAAAUCUCAUGGGAGCAAGCAAAAGAAGAAGGUGAAAAAGACGGCCACGCAAAGACGACUUUGGCGCAAAAAGCAAAAAUGUGGCACAUCGAGUAA